GACCGGCCACGCCUGAUGCAUGUCGGGGAAUGUAGUCCUUCCUGCUGCGCUCCCAUUGCAUUCGAGCAACGGAAAUACUGGGCACGGCAGAACUACAGCCCCCGAAGGGCACCGCGCGCCGCAGCUGAGCUCGGCCAGGGAAGGGGUGGGCGAGCGCAUGCGCGGUCUCAGUCGCCUGACCGUGGUGUUGAAGAGAUGAGGUUGCUUCUGGUCUGGGUGUGUCUGGGCUUCUUCAUAGCUGCCAGUGGCGAUGAAGGUGCAAGGCUUUUGGCCUCCAAGUCCCUCCUGAAUAAAUACGCCGUGGAGGGGCGCGACCUCACUCUGCAAUACAACAUCUACAAUGUUGGCACCAGCGCUGCGUUAGACGUGGAGCUCAGCGAUGACUCUUUCCCGCCGGAGGACUUUGGGAUCGUGUCGGGAAUGUUGACUGUGAAAUGGGACCGGAUCGCUCCAGCCAGCAACGUCACCCACACGGUGGUGCUCCGCCCCCUCAAAGCCGGUUACUUCAACUUUACCUCUGCGACCAUCUCCUACCUCGCCCAGGAAGGUGGGCAAGUGGUGUUGGGUUACUCGAGUGCACCAGGACAGGGCGGAAUCCUGGCUCAGAGAGAAUUUGAUCGGCGCUUCUCCCCCCAUUACUUGGACUGGGCAGCCUUUGGGGUCAUGACCCUGCCUUCCAUCGGCAUCCCCCUGUUGCUGUGGUACUCGAGCAAGCGGAAAUACGACACGGCCAAAGCGAAAAAGAACUGAGCUUCAGGCACGGCAAUCAGGAAAGCGUCAUCUCUCUCUCCCCUCCUCCUCGCUCACUGGGACCACGAUGAUUUCCAUCCACUGCCAACCACCUGGCUUUGUGUGUGUGUGGGGGUGGGGGGGGGUGUUAAUUAAUUUAUGUUACAGAUUGUAAUUUAAAUUGGUGUCCCCGCCUGAUCAGCCCGGUCCUCUGAGCCUUGGCCCUUCCAUAAUCUGCUUGUACUCGAUCCUAAAGUGAUUGCUCCCCCCCCUUUGUACCUUCUGUCGGAUUCAUAGACCUCAACAGGGAAUUAUCAGUGUCAACGUAUCACGCUGCAGUUCUGGCCUCCCACCACUGGCGGGGCUGUGGCGCCUUAGGCAGGUGUCUCCCAGCUUUGUAUCCCCAUCUCAACCUCCCACGGCUUCCUCUGAUUGGCUGUAUAUCUACGACGGAUUGCAACUCAUUUCUUUUCACUCUUAGCUCUGCCAUCCAGCUGUUGCUACAAUCUUAACUACGUCUCGUGUUUUUCCUUUCGAUUUCAAAUCUGAAGGGGUCCUUUUCUUUUGAAAAAAAAACGAGGAUUAUAAAUGUUGCUGGAAUAGUAAAGAUCCUCAUCAUCAGGACCAGCGCCACAAUGCCAAAUCUCAGGGCACCAACAGUUUAUAUUGCAAUUCUGUCCUGUCCUGCAAGAGAGAAUUAGCGCCAUGUAAAUUGUUGUCCCCUUUGAAAUUUGGCAUUCUUGUAGCUCAUUAGGACAGACGUGCAAGAAUCCACAAAUUUGGACAGCGUUAAUUCUCCCUUUUGAAAUUUGGUAUUCUUGCAGCUCAUCAGGACAGAAUUGCAAGAAUGCCAAAAUCUCAAAAGGGGUCAGUUUAUACGGCGCUAAUUCUCUCGCAGCCUUCUCAAUUUCAUCAGGACAGAAUUGCAAGAAUAACACGUUACAAAGGGAGCAACAGGAGGCUCACUGUCUUUCAAUCAAUAUAAAUUGUUGUUCCCUUUGAGUUUGGCAUUCUUGCGUCUGUCCUGAUGAGUGCAAGAUGAAAAGAUUGACAAGCGCAUCACGUUAUGUUGCACCCCCUAGUUAUAUUCCACUAAAUGACCAUUUGUAAAAAAUAAGAGAGAUUUCCUGAACAAUUAGGGGGGUUGAAGAGCAACAGAUCACUUGGUCUUAUCUAUUGCUAGAAGCCGAUAGGUAAUUUCUCGGUUGUUAAAUCAUUGUGCCCCUCCACCGCCCUAUCAGUGCGACAGGUUUGUACGGACUUUUACACGUGGAGAGAAGGGUUUAUUUUUAAUAAACAAAACCUGAAACUGAAA